AUGGGUCCUCCGGGGACUGAAGAUACAACUUCGUACGAUGAACAGCUAAUCGGUGUCCUGGAUGCAUGUGAUCGAGGAGAUGUGAAACGUUUAGGUGAGUUCAUUAUCAGUGGUGGGGAGCUGAAAGAUCUGGUGGAUAGUCGGGGUCGGAAUGUAUUACAUCACUGUGUACGACGAGAGGAUGAAAAGGUUCCUGAAGCACCGCGGAAUUUAUUCGAACAACUUGACCGAAUAAAAUGUGCAAGAAUUAUUGUCAAAACGGACAGUUCGUUUAUGUCUCAGCUGGAUGCUCAGGGUUAUUCACCCAUGCAUUUAGCCGUGCUGGACAAUGAUGUGGAGUUUAUCCGUGCAAUGCAAGAAUUUCGACCACCAAUGGGCGUCAAAACGGACUCGUCUGAUUCUCAGGACGCCAGUUUGGGGUCAAAAACUUUAACGGGUGUUGGUGGCCGAACUGUGAUUCACUUGGCCGUUCUUCAAGUUCACAUUGAAAUACUAGACUUGCUGUUAGAAAUGGAUGCUACCGAUUGCAUCGAUUGUCUUGAUGAUCAAGGCGCCACAGCUCUACAUUAUGCUGUACAACUCCCGAAAAAUGUGGUGAAUAAAGUAUUGGAAAAAAUGGUCAAACAAGGAAAGGCUGAUCUGAAUGUGAAGGAUGCGCACGGCCGUACAGCACUCAGUUGGGCUGCCACGAUUGGAGCGUUCGAAGCAGUCGUUCAAUUGUUAAAACUUGGUGCUAAAUUAAAUAUCACGGACGAGUGUGGUUUAACCGCACUGCAUUGUGCAGCUUCACGAGGGAAUCGAGAUAUUGUGCACUCAAUGCUCAGUUGCAUUUCGGUCGCAAACAUGGAUGAUCUUAGUAAAAUGGCCACAUUCCGUGACGUGGCGGACAACGACGGUUGCACACCAAUAUUCUAUUCAGUCACGAUGGGCCAUUAUGAGGUGACCAAAUGUUUACUGGACUACGGUGCUAAUGUGCAAGUUCAGGAUAGCAAGGGUCGCACUCUGGCUCAUUGCUUGGCCCGUCUUGGGGCCACUCAAACGGUCAACAUGAAUGCAAAUCAACGAUCUGAUGACAACACUCAAAACACUGGCAAUAACAACAAAGAUAAUAAGAAUAUAUUACACGUACAAAUGACUGAACUGUUAGAAGCUGGUUUGAAUCCUUGGACUACGACAAAUUCUGGCGCGGCUCCGUUGCACGAGGCCUGUCUAUUGCGUAAUGUCCACUUUGUUCGGGAGCUAGCUAAAUUGUCCACGUUCAAACAAAACGUUGAUACACGAGAUGCACAAGGUCAUACUGCAUUGCAUCUGGUAGUCGCCGCUUCAUGGAGUUCCGAUUCAGCCGGUUUAGAGUUGUGCGAAUGUCUUCUGCGAAACGGAGCGAAUGUGAAUGCUAGUACACUACUGCCACAAGGUGGGGCUGUGACCCCAUUGGAUUUGGCCAUAAUGAAUGAACAAGAAGAGAAUGUGGACCAUGGCCCGUUGCGCACUUUACUGGAAAAACAUGGAGCUAAAACAUUUCAACAGUUGAGCGGAUGUGGAAGAGAGGAUCGGAUUGAAAACAGCACACCGUCAAUGUGCACAAAGAAAGAAACUAAUGACGCUGACAGAAAAACUCCAAGACGACCGGUGAAAAAGCUUUUGAAGAGCGAAAGUGUCAUUCUACCCAUACCUUGCAGGAACAUGACUGAUGCAGCUAUUCAACCUAUCAACCAAAAGGGUUCACCACGAACUCACUCAAAAACCGUCAUUGAUACUGAAAUAAAUCGGGAGCAAAAGAUGCAUGUUGUGUCCGUACAGACUACACGUGGCUCUCAAACCGAAUUUGAAUUUUCUCCUCGAAACAGCAGUCCCGGUGUUGGACGUCGUGAUGUAUGUGACGGAACUAAAUCAUAUAAACGGCAAGAAGUUGCUACUCAAUGUGAAGAUCUUACUUCGGAUAGUAAGAUCAGGGGAACAGUAUCUGACUCUACCUGUUCACAAACCACAAAACGAUCUUCCUCAAAGCUUUCAACAAACAGUUCAUCAGCCUCUGUUAGAGUGGACACACCAUCUUCGAGUACCACGGAAGCUGGCGAGCAUGAACCACCAAAUAGAAAACCCAAAUUAAAAAACCGAAUGAGGACCUCACCAGCACGAACAGGAAUUACCUCACCCUACACACGAUCCUAUUUGGAGCAGGAACUGCCGAGUAUUUUAAAGCGUUAUCUUAACAACGAUGAGCAAAUGGUCUCUCCGCUGACCGGUCGAUCUCGAAUGCCUAAGCCAACAUUGUCCCCCUAUUUGAUUCCUCUUGUCCCCAAUGCAAACCCGAUGAUUGGCUUUUCCCGAAAACCAGGUGCGAAGCCAACUGCCAAUUCCCGGUCGCCAAAGCGAAAACCUCUGGCAGCACGAAACGCAGAACAUCCUGCUGUUCGUGAGAGUCGUCACAAGACUCCACCGCCGCGAAUUAGUAAUGCCUCAACAACUGUUAGUUCCGGUACGUGUCGUACCAGUAGUGCACCCAGCUCUUGGAUUAUGCAUCCUUCAAACCGGAGGAUAGUGGAUGAAUUGAUAAAACAAUGUCUCGAAGAUCCGUACCUAGAUCAACCAAAAAGACCCAACAGGGAAAAAUCAGUGGAUUCAGAAAGCAGAUCACGUAAUGUCAAGCCAAAAGUUCGUCGUCCAAGUAGCCACGGGAAAACCAGAUCAGCCAUGGGCGGUGAGAUAUCUCCAGUCGGUAUCCGUGAGGAAUUAGAUGAUAUGAAUACAGGAACUAACCCGAAUAUGUACGGAAUUCGAUCAAGAAAAAGUUCAGUCUAUCAGAAGCGGUCCGGAAAAGAAGCGAGGUCAAAUUGA